UUUCCAGUCCUAGAUGCCUGCGCGUUGUCUGCGUAUUGUUAUUUUUCCAUUCCCUUUCCACUUUGUUGCUUUUCACCCUCUUCCUGCCUUCCAGCCAUUUAGGAUUCUUUCCCACCUUCUGCGUCCGCUUUCAGAUCCUGCUAUCUUGCGCCGUCAAAUGUGCUCUGUCUCGGUCUCUCCUCUUUAAUCUCAAGAUAAGGAAUGGUAGUGUCCUUUCUAUGUCUUUGAUGGAUCCUGAAGUCAAGAGGUUUGGAAGAGGGCGUAAGGAACUUACUGGUGCAGCAGAUCUUAUAAAUCACUACAAAUUGUGGGCACAUCAUGAGUUUUUCUGCAAGAGAUCACUUCCUUUGUCAAUCUCAGAUACAUGUUAUCUUCACAAUGUGGUUGGAGACACAGAAAUUAGAAAAGGAGAAGGGAUGGAAUUGGAUCAGCUCUUCCAGAACACUUUAUAUGCUAGAAAUACAAAUGCACACAUUCAGCCUUUUGACUUGGAUACUCUCAGAGAAGCAUUCCUGCUGAGAGAAACAGCUCCAAUUGAUCUUCCUUCUGCAGAAAAGGGGAUUCCUACCAUUGCAGGAAAAUCAAGAAGUGUGUCCAAAGACGAGGAAAAAAAGCAUAAAAAGCACAAGGACAAGAAUAAGGAUAAAGACAAGGAACGUAAGAAGCACAAACACCAUCACAGGGACAAAAGUAAAGAAAAAGAUAAGGAGAAGAAGAAAGACAAAAAUGGACAACAUGAUUCUGGUGCUGAACACUCAAAGAAACACCAUGAAAAGAAAAGGAAGUAUGAUGGGAGUGAAGAUCUCACUGAUAUCCACAAGCACAAGAAAAGUAAGCAUAGAAGCUCAAAGUUCAAUGAGAUAGGUGCAAUAAAGGUAGUGGGGUGAUAAGCUGUGACCUGAUUCUGUCAAUAUUUCAUCUUUGUAUUUGGUUCCAAAGAGGUUUUUCUUUCAUCAUUAAGCUACCAAAGUUCUUGAGGUAUGGAGUUGUGUUUAUUGUGCCUGUUAAUCUUCAUUCCACUAAUCUUUUUAUUGCUUCACUGGCAUUGCAUGUAGAUAUUUUUUCUUAUCCCUGCAGUUACAAUUCUUUAACAGACCGAGGAACCAUAAAAAGGUCUGCAAGCACCAGUUGAAGCAUAUUAACUGAUGGAUGAAAGUGAUAUCUGUAUCAUAACAAGAGUUCAUUUAACUGCCAGUUCUGUGCAAAAGCUUUUAUCCCUUUCUCAUUUUUGUGGUCCAUACGGUUUCUCAGCGUAUCUGUACAUUAUCAUAAUCUCUUUUUCUUUUCCAAUCCAUUUAACAACUUCUGAUUUUGAGUUGUAGGAAGGGGUGGGGGUGUUAGGUGAAUUAACAUAAAGCGGAAAAAAGUAAGUAAAUUCAAUUAAUUUCUUGAUCAA